CUAAGAAACUGUAACAAUAUAAAGUGCUUGUCUCAAAGAAAAGCGCCUAUUUUACCUUCAACUACCGCGUUACCUACAGUCACUGCAAACAUAUCUAUAUUUUACCUGGAAUUCUAGAAAAUCGCCACAUUCUACGGUAGAGGAGGCUGCCAUUUUUACUUAAAUCUCGUACACCGAAAGAGAAUACCCAUGAGCCCCUGGAAGCGAAGGGCCUUGAAGUUGAAAGCUGCGGAAGAAAUUUUCUAUGAUAUAUUCUUCUUAUAAAUCUCGCUUAGUAACACGAUAAAAGAUGUCGGGGCCUACUCACAAAUAUCGCUACAAAAAUGUGGGAUUGGAUUCCCAAGAAUUACGGCGUCGAAGAGAAGAGGAAGGUGUUCAGUUGCGGAAACAAAAACGUGAACAACAAUUAUUCAAAAGGCGCAAUGUGCUUAUGCCAGCACUUGCUGACGAAGAAGGCGGUAUGCAGGAUGACAUACAUUCUCUUAUGAGUGCACCUGGAAUAACACAGGCAAUGGUGCAGGCACUAUAUAGUACAAAUGUUGAUGACCAGCUGAUGGCAACACAGAGAUUUCGGAAGUUACUGUCGCGUGAGCCAAAUCCCCCCAUUGACGAGGUUAUACAGACUGGAAUAGUACCAAGAUUUGUUGAAUUUCUGCAGAAUAACACAAACUGCACACUUCAGUUUGAGGCAGCAUGGGCACUGACGAAUAUUGCUUCAGGAACUUCCGCACAGACACAGAUGGUCAUUGAAGCUGGUGCAGUUCCCAUAUUCAUUCAACUGCUCGGUUCUGAAUACGAGGAUGUCCAAGAGCAGGCAGUUUGGGCCCUGGGUAACAUUGCUGGCGAUUCUCCUGAGUGCCGUGACCAUGUGCUGGACUCUGGCAUUCUAGUUCCACUGUUGCAGCUUUUGAGUAAAUCCUGUCGACUAUCUAUGACAAGAAAUGCUGUGUGGGCCCUGUCUAAUCUUUGCCGUGGCAAGAAUCCACCACCAGACUUUGCUAAAGUUAGCCCAUGCCUGCCCAUCCUGGCACGUUUACUGUUUCAUUCUGAUGGUGAUGUUCUGGCUGAUGCCUGCUGGGCACUUUCCUACCUGUCAGAUGGACCUAAUGAUAAGAUUCAGGCUGUAAUCGAUGCUGGUGUCUGCCGCAGACUAGUGGAAUUAUUGAUGCACAAUCAGCACAAUGUUGUGUCUGCCGCACUGCGUGCCGUGGGCAACAUUGUCACGGGUGACGAUGUUCAGACGCAGGUGAUCCUUAACUGCUCGGCCCUCCCUUGCCUUCUACAUCUGCUUGCAUCACAAAAGGAAUCUAUCAGGAAAGAGGCAUGCUGGACCAUUUCCAACAUAACUGCAGGAAAUCGGCAACAAAUACAGGCUGUCAUUGAUGCCAACAUAUUUCCUGUUCUCAUUGAUAUCCUGGGAAAAGCCGAAUUCAAAACUCGAAAAGAAGCAGCUUGGGCCAUCACUAAUGCUACGUCUGGGGGUACUCCAGAUCAGAUACGUUAUCUUGUAGAUCAGGGGUGCAUACAUCCGUUGUGUGACCUAUUGACGGUGAUGGAUGCCAAGAUUGUCCAGGUGGCACUGAAUGGUCUGGAAAACAUACUCAGGCUAGGUGACCAAGAUGCCAAGACACAUGGAGGCAUCAAUCCGUAUGCAGUGCUUAUUGAAGAAUGCUAUGGUCUGGAUAAGAUAGAAUUCUUGCAGUCACAUGAAAAUAUGGACAUCUAUCAAAAAGCAUUUGACAUAAUUGAGCACUACUUUGGAAGUGAGGAGGAGGAUGCGAGAGUUGCUCCAGCAGUCGAUGCAGAGGCACAACAGUAUCAGUUCAAUGCUGACCAGAGCGUUCCAAUGGGUGGCUUCAAUUUCUGAAACUCUGGAUGAUGGGCCACAAGAGUCGCCUCGUGAGUAGUUCGGAGUUUAUUUUCGUUCUUAUUGAAGUGAACUGAACUGGCAAAAAUUGUAAAUUUUAAAGAAAUGGAGCAAUUUUGUGAUCAUUUAAAAGGAACACGGAAAAUAAGAACACUAACUAAUGAUGUGCAGAGAAGAAAAGAAAUACAAAAUUAAUAUUCUUUCUGCAACAAUGUCUCAGUUCAUGCCUUGUGUGCUGCUGUUUAUUAUUCUGCAGAACUGAAAACUCCUGUUCUCCGGUUGUGAAACAUCAUAGAAUUAAUACAACAAAAAUGAAUAUUUGUGGGUCCAAGUUCAUAACAGGGUCACUGAAUCCUGGGUGUAAGAAUCUGUGAUGUUCAGGAGCAGAGUAAUAGUUGCCACUUGCAAGACACACUUUUGUGUUACUUGAAGUAAUUGUGUCUAGCUUUCACAGUUGACGGUAGAUUUCUGUUCCAUUCCUCUGCCUGGAUAAUGCAGUUUCUUUUGCCUGGACCCUAAAAGAUGAAUGCUAUGUGGAAGUACUUUCUUAAUUAAAUAAUGUUUGUAAUAUAUCUUGCAUGUGUAGAGCAUUGUGCAGGUGUAACUAAAUACAGCAGUUUAUGAUAUUGUAAUGUGAAAAUUUGCUGUGACAUUUCUGGCCUCUUGAAUGUGUGUGUAUUCAAUUGGUUUGUAGCUUGAAAGAGUAUCUCUCUAAUGAAAAGGAGAGGAACUGAUAUCAGGCAUAUUUUGUUGUUAUGCAGAGGUAAUUCAUAAAUAUUUGGGGUGUUUAAAUGCUGAUACAGUGUUUCAUAUUGUCCCGACAUGCUAUAGAAAUUACUGUAAAGAACGCUGUAAAAGCUUUGACAACCCACAACAAAGUCUGUCAGUGCAAAUGAUAAUUUUUUCCUCGCUUCAUUCAUGCCUUUCAAAACGCACACUACUACUUUCUGUUCCACUCCCAGUCCUGUUACUUUGCAUCUGUAUAUCUACCUUUAUUAACAGAAUCCCUCAGAGUACGUCUGUGUUGUUCCAGUAUUUUUCCACUGAAUGCUACGUUAUGUAUAAUAAAUGAUGUACACUGUUUACUUUUUCAUUUUCUUUUGACAUGCCAUGAAAAAUACAGGAAACAUAAACAUUGUGGAAACUGAUAACUUUUCACUUUUUGAAUUGUAUAGUUUCUUUAAUUUCUCAUACAGAAGCUGUAAUGAACAACAUUCUCAGUUUCUUUACUGAUAACCUUGUAGUUCAUGCCCCCACUUUGUUACCUGCUCGCCAAGAAUUGUUAACAUUUUGCGCAAAGUAAAUUUGGUUCUAAAAGGCAUUCAAUGUUGUGCCUGUCUUUAAUGGUAAAACUUGGUGAAGCUAUGAAAAAUGCGUAAAAUUAAUAAUUCUUUGCAUUACAAAUGACGACGUGAUGACUGACCAUAGUUAGAUGACAGUGAAAUAAAUUUGACUGGACUUACAGAAAAAGUUAAGUGAAAAGUGAUGACUUAAAGGACAUCAUCAUUAGAUCCUUAAAUGUUUACAAUUACAAUAUUGUAAUACUUUGUAAGUGAUCAAAAUAAGAACUGUGCAUUGAGCAACUGAAUUAGAUUGUUCAAUCAGCAACAGAAAUUAUUUCGUGUAAAUUACAUUGAUAAUGCUUGGUGCUCUCAGUGGAUUUUUAAAAAUGUAAAUAGGAUAAAUAAUCUGAUAUAAGAUGUCCACUGUUAUAGAAAAGCUGGAAGAUAUGUUAUAGUGCUGUUUGAAUUUGGUGGCACCACCCAGUCAUUUCAGUGUUUUGUAUUCUGACAUUGUGCCCUCUGACACAUCCAGUAGGGGAUGUCAUGUUAUUUAUGGAAUAUUUAUUGUGUUAAGACUUGAGACAUGUUUCUCUUUACUUUGGCUGGUAGCAUGUAUUUUUAGCCAAUUGUAGAGAAUGUGUUGAAAGUAGGAGGUAGAAACAAUUGUGUUUCUAAUUCAUUUGUAAUACAUUGUUGAAAUGUGUUGCAGCUGAUACGUUAUGGCUACCACGUAAGAAUGCAUGUCAUAUUUGUUGAAAUGAAAUGAAGUUUUCAGAGAACUCGUGCUGUAUAUUUUAUUUGUAGUCAAGAGUGUCUCUGUAAAACCCACAGAUUUUUCUUUGUUGAAGAAGAGAGCCUUUGCACACUAUGUAUGCAAUACUUUUGUUGAAUAUUUUGUAAAGGUAACAGAAAUCCAUUCAAAUAAAGGCAGUAUUUUCCAUAAAAAGCAAUCAGUAUAAAACAAAUGCCAACUCUUUGUAAAUUUUUGCAGAUCAAAAAUGUGGAAGAAAAACGAGAUGACAAGAAAUUCAUUAAUUUGGUCUUCUAGAAUGUUUGCUGAGAAGUACAGACUGAUAUUGGUAUGGAAUGUGAUAAGACUGCGUAGGGGUCUCCCCCAAAUACUCUUGACUAAAAACGACUGCCAAAACAUGAACUGUCGAAAGCAAAAAGUGGGUGUGUGAAUCAUGUUUUAUGUUCCAUAACUGCCUUGAAAACAGAGCUAGUCAACUUUCCACCUCAUACUGAAUUAUAAAUUUAAUAAAAACCCUUUGUAAGAAAAAUGUAUUAUAUUUAAUAUUCUCCUUUGUUUGACUGGUACUGAUAUUAAUACUGAUGAUGUUACAAUAUAUAGUUGGCGAAGAAGGAAAAGUGUAUAAAAAUGAGAACUGUGUUGCUUGAAAUAAAUUUGAAACUGUA